GAUCUCUGUGUGGUGCGGCUGGCGGCCGGGGGGCUUUCACCUGCCUCGCUCUGGCUCCGGCUCCGCUCCUGGCCAGGCUGCUGGAGAAUCCCAGCUGCCAUUGGGUGGCUCCUGUGCGGUGAGCUUGGGGACCGUUCCUGAGGGCCGGGUGUCUGCAUUGCAAAGCCAUCGCCACGACUGGGCUGCACGCAGAGGCCACGGAUUCCGGGGGGACAUGGACGGGGCUACGCUCCCACCUGAGGCCGUGUCUCAACUAGCAUUCUCGUCUGCUGUUGCACCUCCACCAGUGGGACCACUAACAUAUACAGACCCUGGGAUUUUUAGUCACCCCGCCAACUAACCCUGCUCUAGGAGGGCUAGACAUCAUGCCCUCUAGUGUGGAGGGGAGUCGGUCUGAUUGCAUGAGUAUUUCCACUCUUACUUCCUCUUGUGGAACUGCACCUGUGGGGAAACUUGAAGAAAAAUAGCAGUGUAGACAAGGCCCUGGAGGUGGUUCCAUCUGGUUAUGCUUGAUGCAGGGUGCUUAGUAGGCACACUCACCUUGCCUCUUCUCUUCCUGUAGAAAUAUUGAGGACUUUUAAGUACAAGAGUCGGGAGGAAGUUUAGAGAAGAACCGCAAUAUGACUGGUUGGUAGGAGUAUUGAUUUAGUAGGAAGGAUUAAAGGAGUUAAAGGGGGAGAUGCUUAUGCCUAGAAAUAAGCUAAAAUUAAGACCAAGUCCACACAAUAUCAGGAAAGAUUCUGGUAGCAAGAUCUAGAUGUCUUUUUUGAGCCAUAUGUGUUCUUUAGAUGAAGAAGUUGGAUCUCACCAUAAUUUGGCUAUUUUUGUAGCCCAAUUUAUCCUCUUCAUAUUGGUUAGAAAAAUAAACCUACAUUAGUGUAAUUAAUUAUCAUUAAGAGGAAAAACAGAUGAUAUAGAAUGUUAAAUGAGAACAUACUAGUGAAAUUGAUUUACAUGGAACCUCUGCACAAAGUGAGAUAUUUCAAAGGAAAGACCUGCUUAUAAUAAACUGAAGUUGUUGCUUGUUGGAUCUAUAUGGCGUUUUGGUGACAUUUCCAUAUUGUAAAUUGGUCUCUAUAUUUGUACCUUUCCUUGUUGUGGAACCAGCUACAGUGCUAUGCUCUGCAAACAAUUGUGUGAACAAAGUAUCAACUGUGUAAUUGCCCCCAAAUACCUGGAUUUCCAGUACAGCAGAGAUCUUUCUGCCACAGACUUACCUGCCAAAAUACGGGACAGUGAAAUAAUGGUCUUCUAGUCUGCUAAACAAGCGUCCAACUUCCACAAUGCCUGUGCAGGCAGCUCAGUGGACGGAGUUUCUGUCCUGUCCAAUCUGCUACAAUGAGUUUGAUGAGAAUGUGCACAAGCCCAUCAGCUUAGGUUGCUCACACACUGUCUGUAAGACCUGCCUGAACAAGCUUCAUCGCAAAGCAUGUCCUUUCGACCAGACUGCCAUCAACACAGACAUCGAUGUGCUUCCAGUAAACUUUGCACUUCUCCAGUUAGUUGGAGCCCAGGUACCAGAUCAUCAGACAGUAAAGUUAAGUAACCUAGGAGAGAACAAACAUUAUGAGGUAGCAAAGAAAUGUGUUGAGGAUUUGGCACUCUACUUAAAGCCACUAAGUGGAGGAAAGGGAGUUGCUAGUUUGAAUCAGAGUGCCCUGAGCCGUCCAAUGCAAAGGAAACUGGUGACGCUGGUGAAUUGUCAGCUGGUGGAGGAGGAGGGUCGUGUUAGAGCCCUGCGGGCAGCACGCUCACUUGGUGAAAGAACUGUAACAGAACUGAUUUUACAGCACCAGAACCCUCAGCAACUGUCUGCCAAUCUCUGGGCUGCUGUCAGGGCACGAGGAUGCCAGUUUCUAGGGCCAGCUAUGCAAGAAGAGGCUUUGAAACUUGUGUUACUGGCACUUGAAGAUGGCUCUGCGCUCUCAAGAAAAGUUUUGGUACUUUUUGUUGUGCAAAGACUAGAACCAAGAUUUCCUCAGGCAUCAAAAACAAGCAUUGGUCAUGUUGUGCAACUACUGUAUCGAGCAUCAUGCUUUAAGGUCACCAAAAGGGAUGAAGAUUCUUCUCUGAUGCAGCUUAAAGAGGAAUUUCGGAGUUAUGAGGCUUUGCGGAGGGAACAUGAUGCCCAAAUUGUCCACAUUGCCAUGGAAGCAGGACUUCGAAUAUCACCAGAACAAUGGUCUUCCCUCCUUUAUGGUGACCUGGCACAUAAGUCACACAUGCAAUCCAUUAUUGACAAGCUCCAGUCUCCAGAAUCAUUUGCAAAAAGUGUACAGGAGUUGACAAUUGUCUUGCAACGUACAGGUGAUCCAGCAAACUUAAACAGACUUAGGCCUCAUUUAGAGCUUCUGGCAAACAUAGAUCCUAAUCCAGAUGCAACUUCUCCAACAUGGGAGCAGCUGGAAAAUGCAAUGGUGGCGGUGAAGACUGUGGUACAUGGGCUAGUGGACUUUAUUCAGAACUAUAGUAGAAAAGGUCAUGAAACACCACAGCCGCAACCAAAUAGCAAAUAUAAAACGAGUAUGUGCCGAGAUCUGCGACAGCAAGGGGGAUGUCCACGAGGAACUAACUGUACAUUUGCUCACUCUCAGGAAGAGCUUGAAAAGUAUCGUUUGAGGAACAAAAAGAUCAGCGCAACUGUGAGAACAUUCCCUCUCUUAAAUAAAGUUGGUGUCAACAGCACUGUCUCAACCACAGCAGGAAAUGUAAUCUCUGUCAUAGGAAGCACUGAAACAACAGGAAAGAUGGUGCCGAGUUCCAAUGGGAUUGCAAAUCUGGAAAGUGGUGUUCCCCAAUUGAUUCCUCGCUGCGCUGAAACCUCUUUAAGAGUUCUGGAGAAUGUCAAGAGGGGGAAGUCUGGAGCCAGUGGUCAAAAUGCCUCUGGGUCUCCUACAGAAUCACUAUCUGAAAAUAAAAUUUGUUCUCCACCCAAGACUCCUGUAAGCCAGGCAGCAGCUACCUCAGCUGGUGGUCCUAAUAUUGGAACAGAGAUGAAUUCUCUGCCUCCAAAAUCCAGCCCAUUUGUAACCAGAGUACCUGUCUACCCUCCGCAUUCUGAUAAUGUUCAGUAUUUUCAAGAUCCCAGGACACAGUUGUCCUAUGAAGUUCCACAGUACCCCCAGACAGGAUACUACCCACCACCUCCAACAGUACCAGCUGGUGUGGCUCCCUGUGUUCCUCGCUUUGUGAGGUCCAGUAAUGUUCCAGAAUCCUCCCUCCCACCUGCUUCCGUGCCAUAUGCCGAUCAUUACAGUACAUUUCCCCCUCGAGAUCGACUGAAUUCUCCUUACCAACCUCCUCCUCCGCAGCCGUAUGGACCAGUUCCUCCCGUCCCUUCUGGAAUGUAUGCUCCAGUGUAUGACAGCAGGCGCAUCUGGCGUCCACAGAUCUACCCAAGAGAUGACAUUAUUAGGAGCAAUUCUUUACCUCCAAUGGAUGUGAUGCACUCAUCUGUCUAUCAGACAUCAUUACGCGAAAGAUAUAAUUCAUUGGAUGGGUAUUACUCCAUGGCUUGCCAACCUCCAAAUGAGCAGAGGACUGUGCCUUUACCAAGGGAGCCUUGUGGUCACUUGAAGACCAGUUAUGAUGAUCAGUUAAGACGGAAGCCAGAGCAGUGGGCACAAUACCACUCUCAAAAAACGCCGCUUGUGUCCUCAACCCUUCCUAUGGCAACACAGUCUCCAACACCACCUUCUCCUCUCUUCAGUGUUGACUUCAGCACAGAGUUCUCGGAGAGUGUUAGUGACUUGAGUGGUACUAAAUUUGAGGAAGACCAUCUUUCACACUACUCACCCUGGUCCUGUGGUACUAUCGGUUCCUGCAUAAAUGCCAUCGACUCAGAGCCCAAGGAUGUAAUUGCCAAUUCAAAUGCUGUGUUAAUGGAUUUGGACAGUGGAGAUGUUAAGAGGAGAGUUCAUCUAUUUGAAACUCAAAGAAGGGCAAAGGAAGAAGAUCCUAUAAUUCCCUUUAGUGAUGGACCGAUCAUCUCCAAGUGGGGUGCAAUCUCCAGAUCAUCCCGCACAGGUUAUCACACAACAGAUCCUAUUCAGGCCACUGCUUCCCAAGGAAGUGCUACUAAGCCCAUCAGUGUGUCAGAUUAUGUCCCUUACGUCAAUGCUGUUGAUUCAAGAUGGAGUUCCUGUGGCUCAGAUUCUACUGCAUCAGCACGCUAUAUAGAACGGGAAAGAUUCAUAGUUACUGAUUUAUCUGCUCACAGAAAGCAUUCUAGUACUGGAGAUCUACUGAGCAUUGAACUACAACAAGCCAAAAGUAAUUCAUUGUUACUUCAGAGAGAGGCUAAUGCACUAGCCAUGCAACAGAAGUGGAAUUCCCUAGAUGAAGGCAGUCGCCUUACCUUAAAUCUUUUAAGCAAGGAAAUUGAUUUGAGGAAUGGUGAGGCUGACUAUAUUGAAGACUGUGCAGACACAAAGCCAGAUCGGGACAUUGAAUUAGAGCUUUCCGCCCUUGAUACUGAUGAACCUGAUGGGCAGGGUGAACAAAUAGAGGAGAUUCUGGACAUACAGCUAGGUAUCAGUUCUCGGGAUGAUCAGCUGCUCAAUGGAACAACUAUAGAGAAUGGACAUUCACUCAAGAAACACCAAAAGGAACCUUUGGAGCAGAAGAGACAAAGUUUAGGUGAAGACCUUGUGAUUCUGGAGGAGCAGAAAGCAGUCCUGCCCGUAACUUCUUGCUUCAGCCAGCCUAUCACAGGAUCCUUUAGCAAUGCAAGCUGCCUGCCCAUCAGCACAUCAGUCAAUGUUGGCAGCCUCAUUUUGAAAAGUGCUCACAUUAUGUCUGAGGAUAAAAACGACUUUUUAAAGCCCAUUGCGAAUGGCAAAAUGGUUAACAGCUGAAAGGCAUUCAUCUUUCCAGCUUGUGACCACGCCGUGAAAGCAUUUACACUAGCUUUUUAUAUAUAUAAUAUAUAUUAUAUAAUGUAUAUUUUUUUUAAAAAAAAUAAUAUUGGGGUCAUCCAUUUCCUGUGGACUCUUUGAUACUUCAAGCCCCUCUUGCAUUAGCAUUCUGAAAAGAUACAUUUACUAGGGUAAGGCGUUCACUUUCCACAAAUUAAUGGAAUUUGGACAUUCUUUUACUUAAGCUUAAAGCAGCUUUUUAUGAGUUUGUAGCAAUCCGGUGCAGUAACUGAGCCAUUCUUAUUUAAAAUGGCUUCUGUAGAAGAUUAACAACUCAGUUAUUUAAACUAGCAGGAUCCUACAACGAUACAUCUAGUGAAAGUAAAACUAAUUUAUUUGUCUCGAUUUUGUUUCAUGAGAAAGGAACUUGCAUCUUGUUGCAGCUGCUUUUUCUUUAGUUGUGGAACUUUGCAUGGAAUAUUGUUUCCUGUUUGAAGAGUGAGAGGUAGGGAUUUGUAUUUUAGACUUUAUUACAGGGUUAACACACUUCAGCUUUGUACUACUGCAUUAUAUGCAGGACUGUGGUGCAGUGCUUUGCUGUAGCUUUUUAUUUCUUCUUGUUUGUUUUUUUCUCAUUUCUGCUUUAGUACUGUUGAUAGUUAUAUACAGGCUACUUGUCCAAGUAAAGUUACAAAAAGUAACCCAAGUGCCUAAAUCCUCCAGCUAAUGUUCUUGGUAUUGAUUUCCCCAAGUUAUAUGCACAUCCAUUUUUAACCAUUUUGAUAAAUUAUGCACUAAUGUAACAGUGGGGUUUUGGGUUUUUUUGGUUUUGGUUUUUAAUGCAGUCCUCCACCUGCAUUUAUAGAAUCCAGAUGACUUGGCAAAAGAAUCAGGUGCUCUUGUCUUUCCCGUGAAAACCCUGUAUGUAGUGUUUGCACUGACUAACAAUAUGGUAUUGCUGAUUAUUGUUGUUGUUUUUUAAUUUAAACUAAUUAGUGGGUUUUUUGGACACUCGUUACAUUGUCUUGGUUAAAUAUUGUUAAUCAUAACUUUUUAUUCAGGUUUAAUUUUGCUUGUUCACUAGCUAUUGACUGAACCUACAGUAAUAUAGCAUUAUCAGACCUAUAGAGUUGUGCUGAAAAUUGUAUGAAUAUGUGCCCUGCUAAGAUGUGACUGAAAAGUCGUAUUAGACAUGUCAACUGAAGAUAAGUACACACACACAAGCACUCUGGGCAUAGUUUUCUUUAAAGUUUAAAAAUUCAGUCACCAUUUUGGAAAAGAAAGCAAGACCUUCCCUCCUGGUGAUUACUAUCUUAUUGUUUGUCCUCUUCAGUUUCUUUGGUACAUGUUUUACUUUUUUUAAUGUUUUUAUUAACUUCUGUGAAGUUGUUUACUCUGAAAAUUGUACUGGAAUAUUUUAAGCCAAGCUAAUCUUUCACCAGGUGUACUGUAUGUAAGGGCUUUUCCUGCUAGCAAAUACUUUAAAAGGAUCAUGUUACUGGUUGUCAGUUAUUUUACAAAAUCACAGCUAUGUGUCAGAUAAGAUUUUGAUAACUGUUUUGUGCACGUUUCUGAGGGGUGGGGGUUGGCAUUUCCCUGAGGGUUACUGAUUAGACUGAGAAAACAUCGGUGUUUGAUAUCUCUUAAUGAACAUGUCCAUGAAAUAAUUAUGUUGUAAAUAUAUCUGAAAAUCCAAGGGUUAGUUUUGAUAUUCUGGUGUCAGUAUGGAAGAUCUUACACACUUAUUUAAUACUAAACUGUAAAGAAAUAUUUGUAGAGUAACAGUAAAGUAGCCUUUUCUUGGAUUCUUUGGCUAUUUACUGUACCUUCCCUGAUAGGCAGUGCCACCUCAUCUCUGGAAUAAGACUGGUAUUUUGUUUCACUUUGCAGCCUGAAAUGAUUAGGAACAAGAAUUAGACCACCUUGUCACCUUAACUCAUUUCCUGUUGAUGUUACAAAUUAACAUAGAACGCUAGACAUGAAUAUGAUUGUUGUAUAUUUUAUAUCAAGACCAUUCUGUAAAUAUGAAUUUAUAUUACUUUUGAAAUGCUUCCGAAGUACUUUUAUUUGCUGUAUGUAAUUCCAAAAGGAUAUGCAAACCAGUAUGUCUAUUUCAUGGAUAUUUAAACAGUGAGAUCUUCCACGUUGAAGGUAAUGUAAUUUUUUUAAAAAGAUUUUUAAAUUUUAAAUUGCUAUUUUGUUACAAAAAUAGAGAAAAUAUAAAGGUUUGAGAAGUCCUUAUUCGCCCUCAGGGAAAGAGCCCUCUGUGCUCCAGAACUCCACAGAACAUCUUCAGCAUGAUCUGAGGGUGAAUAUAUACUACAUAAAUUGAUCUUGUGUAUUUACCUUAACUUUUUAAUUUUAAAAUUGCAAUUUUAAAACUUGGUUGUGCUCUGCUGGAGGGGGAUUGGGAUAAGCUGCUUACACAAGUUCGUCUGUUUUGUCCAGUGAAAAUACAUCAGCCUAACAUAUUCCUGCCAACUUUACUGGCAUGUCUAAGAACAAAUGUAUUUAUAUAUGCUUGUCUGCAGCAGAAGAUCCCAUGAUACAGUAGCUUUCUAGAAAGACCACAUGCUUCCUCUGAAAAGGAGUCAGUUCUGGGUUGAGGCUAAUUUGUGUUGAACCUUUAAUAUCUAGAAUGACAGACACAAGAAUUGAGGGAUUUUUAAUAGUGUGCCAACAUUGUCUUACAGUUUUUAACACUGAUUAUUAUCUUGCCAUGAAACUAUGCCCUCUGGUGCCCUAAUAAGAGGAAGUUACAGAUGGGAAUAUAGUUCUGGUUCAUUUUUGGCAAAGUUUAAUUACUUGACCUGAUACAAACCAAUACGUGUUUGUGUAUCUAGUUGCAAAUCAGGUGCCUUUUUGGGCAAUGGAAGGGCUAACUUUCUGACAUUUAAAAGUAGUGUGACUAAUAUCUUCAUGUGUAGUAGUAGUAGUAUAGAAUCCCAUUUAGGUUUUUGGCCAAAUAUAUUACGCUGUCAGAAAAAGGCCCAUAGCAGAUUAGGGAGAAGUGUGUGGUUCCUUUGCUUUGUGCAGACGAGCAUAUUUUUUUCAGGAGAGGUACAGCAGGGAUUUCACAUGUCAGGUAUACAGAAGUUGUAUCAAUAUCUGAGUUAAAAUGUGUUGCCUCACAACCUGGAUUAAUUCCUUGUUCUGUCUCAUUUCCUACAUGGGUUUUAGGACUAGCAUUAAUCUCUAAUUUGAUAUGUCAUGCUGUCUACUUCUUUGUGCGAAAGUAGUAACAUGACAUUCUUAAGAUCUAAAUUAUAGUAGAGUGACUGCCCUUCUACUGAUAUUUUAUUCCUGUAACUAGAAAUGAAUGAGUUCGUGUUCAUACAGAUUGCGCAUUGUAGAAUGUAUAGUAGACCUUUCAAAGAAUAGGUUAGACUCAUUUUGCAAAGCAAAUUGGCAUUGGUUCUUGAUAGACUAGUACAGAGUGAUACUAAAGUGUGAUACAUAAGGACACCAGUUGUAGACAUAUAAUUUGAAAAGUUUACUGCUUUGAUAACACGCUUGAAAUUUUAGUUUAAAUUCAUGCUGAUGAGCUGAACGCUGUUCUUGUGUGUUAGUUCCCCGGGCUGAGUGAGGUACAAAAUCAUACACAAAGAAAGGCCUGGGGAAAGAAUGUUUUAAAAAAAUCUUUUGUCAAAACCCAAAACAAUUUGAUAGUGUGUGGUUUUAUUUAUUUAUUCUUUUUGUUAAAGCACAAUUUGUCAAGUAUCUGCUGUUGUACAUAAACUCUAUUUGAGAGAUAUCUGCUAGCAGCUCCUUUAUCAUAUUUGUCAAGAUUUUUUUUUCACCAUUAUUAACCUGUGUCUGAAGGAAAAUGUGAAAUUUUAGACCUUAAUCAAAUGAGAAGUUAAUGAAUCAUCCACAGUACAUGGAGCGCAUUACUUGUUAUAGUUUAAUCCUUUUCUGUUAGGAAAUCCCUUUAAUGCAAGGGCCUCUCCUGCAAGCAGAAAACAAUAAAUGUGCUCUUUAAAUGACCAGUUCUUUCCAGUACAAAUGCACAGCUAACUCCUUGGUACUAGUGGUCACAAUGCACCUCUUUGCUGGCAAGGGAGUGCUCUGACAACUUAACCCUAAGUGUCAAGGGUAAAAUAAAGACAGCAAAAUUAUCAAAAUUCCCCACACUUAAGCAAAAACCUUUUAUUUAAGGAAGACUGUCGCCGAAGCUCGCUCUUGGCAUUUCAUGUUUAACAAAGUUUGAAAUAAAAGAGAGCCUGGCUGCAUUUAUAACUGUCAAAAUCCAACAUCAUUUGCACAUAUCCCAUCAAUUUUAUCCAGUGUAGGCCUCAGUUAAUCCAAGGCAUGAAAAUGCAUGCAUUUUCUUCGCUGGGCAAACAAGUACAUUAUACUGUAGUUGUGAUACAACACAUGUGGCUUUUAUUUGUACUGCACAUACCCACUGUACAGCCACUCAAAGUAUUGUGGUUAGCUUGCAGCAUCUGCUGUCUGCAUUUAUACAGUUUACUGCAUAUUCUUUUCCCUGGAAGUUAAAGAAUUUUUUUUUCUUGUUGCAUUGAUUACGUUUUAUAAAAUUGCUUAGCUGGAAAGUUGGGAAAAGAGGCCUGUUUGUCAAUUGUACAACCGAUUGUGAAGCUCUAGUGUGAAUAUUUUUACGUCUGUAUUAGACAUUUUCUUUGCAAAUCUAUUGUUCGAUUGAAAUGUAAAUGAAAUAAAAGAUGGUGUACACCCAUCAUGUAUAAAGCAGGCACCAUCGCUACGAUGGAUUUAAUGCUCAUUUUUAUGGUGCAUUCUCAGCUUCUAUUUAAAACUAUAAUUUAAAAUCUGUAAAAUGAAAUGGGGAUAUAUAGGGGAAUAAAUUCUAUUCCAUUUAUUUCAAUUUUGAAUUUCCAAAUUGUAAUGUUUCCCUUUGUGUUAUAGGAAUAGGAUUAAAGGGGAAAGCUGGACCAUAUGGUCUGUAUUGGGGGUGGGUUGGGGGAAAGAUGGGGUGGGCUGGGCUUUGUGAUAAUACUGAAUAGCGGAGUGAAUUCUGUGUGUUUUUUGCUGUAGCACUGAAGUAAAGAGAUAUUAGCUUUGGCUGGUCACAGAAUAGAGCAUCAUGGUUUUCAGUGUUUUGAGAGAAAAUUGAUGGAAAAAGUUUGCAGUACUUGACAUGUAUUUGCAUGCACAAAAUAAAAUGAUUGUCCACCUUA